AUGUUCCAUCUACUCAUCUAUCCCUUAUGGGUCUUGGUAGCACUAUUUGCUAUCAUAGUUGCCAACCUAUUGUAUCAGCAGCUUCCUCGAAGACCGGACGAACCUCCGCUAGUUUUUCACUGGUUCCCUUUCUUUGGAAAUGCAGUCGCUUACGGCCUGGACCCUUGUGGCUUCUUUGAGAAGUGUCGAGAGAAGCACGGAGAUGUCUUUACCUUUAUCCUCUUCGGUCGAAAAAUCGUCGCUUGCCUCGGCGUCGACGGCAAUGAUUUCGUUCUCAACAGUCGCUUCCAGGAUGCCAACGCCGAAGAAGUUUACGGUCCACUGACAAUACCCGUCUUUGGUAGCGAUGUUGUAUAUGAUUGUCCCAACUCGAAACUCAUGGAACAAAAGAAGUUUGUCAAGUUUGGCCUUACGCAAAAUGCCCUCGAGUCACACGUCCAAUUAAUCGAGCGUGAGGUUUUCGGCUAUGUCGAAACUGAUCCAUCCUUUUCUGGCAAAACUGGCACCAUCGAUGUCUCCAAGGCAAUGGCUGAGAUAACAAUCUUUACUGCGUCCCGUUCUCUGCAGGGCGAGGAAGUUCGGAGAAAACUCACUGCUGAGUUUGCUGCUCUGUAUCACGAUCUUGACCUUGGAUUUAGACCUGUCAACUUUCUGUUUCCAUGGUUGCCACUACCUCACAACCGAAAAAGAGAUGCUGCUCAUAUAAAGAUGCGAGAAGUCUAUAUGGAUAUCAUCAACGAUCGAAGAAAAAGGGGCAUUAGAACAGAAAAUGGUACUGACAUGAUAGCCAACUUGAUGGGCUGCACUUACAAGAACGGGCAGCCUGUUCCUGACAAAGAAAUCGCUCACAUGAUGAUUACUCUACUCAUGGCAGGCCAGCACUCUUCAUCUUCUGCCAGUUCUUGGAUCGUGCUCCAUCUUGCUUCGUCUCCCGAUAUUACCGAAGAACUCUAUCAGGAACAGCUCAUUAACUUGAAUGUUGACGGUGCUCUACCCCCCCUUCAGUACUCUGACCUCGACAAGCUCCCUCUUCUCCAGAACGUCGUCAAGGAGACUCUCCGUGUCCACUCUUCCAUUCACUCAAUCCUGCGGAAAGUCAAGAGACCCAUGCAGGUUCCCAAUUCCUCUUACACAAUUACUACAGACAAAGUCAUCAUGGCUUCACCUACAGUUACUGCGAUGAGUGAGGAGUACUUUGAGAGCGCCAAAACAUGGAACCCUCAUCGAUGGGACAACAGAGCAAAGGAGGAGGUCGAUACAGAAGAUGUCAUCGAUUAUGGAUAUGGGGCUGUGUCUAAAGGAACGAAGAGCCCGUAUUUGCCCUUUGGCGCUGGUAGACAUCGCUGCAUUGGAGAGAAGUUUGCCUAUGUCAACUUGGGUGUCAUUGUUGCUACUCUAGUGCGCAACUUCAGACUUUCGACCGUUGAUGGCAGACCUGGAGUCCCAGAGACUGACUAUACUUCUUUGUUCUCACGACCCGCCCAGCCUGCGUUUAUUCGAUGGGAGCGUAGGAAGAAGACAUAG